AUGUUCCACUACUUACUAUAUAGACAACUUGGAAACAAGCGACUACUACUAACGCGAUCAUAUGCUGACAUAAUCAAUGAAAUUCGUAAAAAGUCAAAAGAGUCUGCACCCAGAAUAAAUCGAUUUGCUCAGCAGUAUUCAAAGCCAGACCAAAAACCUCAAGGUGCUCGGACUAGGCACCAACAGGGCCACAAGCGAAAUGGAGCUCAGCCUGGUGUCCACAAUGGACCAAAGAGGAGCCCACAUAGGGUGCAUCAUGCCACCACCCAUGGCAAAUCAGCUGCACCACGUGCUACAGCAGGAAGACACGUUUCAAAGUCUAAUGGGGUAAGGGAUUUUGAUAAACAAUUUGUCUCUGCACCUCCACAACUUUCAAAGGAGGAGAUGGAAAGGCAGAAGAUGCUAAAGUAUGAAGAGCUUCGUAAGGAAUUAGCCAAAGAGGAACAACACGAUAAACAUCAACGCAGUGACCCGAGACACAUUCAACAAUUGAAAAAGCGCAAAGUGAGAAAAGUCAAGGAGCAGAGGAGGCCGUUGGUGAAAAUUCAACUACCACCAUUUAUCAGUGUAUCCAACUUGGCAACAAUCAUGCAAGUGCCCUUGAAUGACGUUUUCAAGAAAUUGGAGGGCCUAGGGUUUGAAGAUAUUCGCCAUUCCUACAUUUUAGAUAAGGAGAAUGCAGCAAUGGUUGCCGAUGAAUAUGAUAUAGAAGUUGAGACGGUUGCAGAGUCUGACAACGACUUAUUUCCUGAACCAAUAAAAGAGGAGCUCCUCAAGGAAAGACCCCCAGUGGUUACAAUCAUGGGCCAUGUCGAUCAUGGGAAAACCACCAUUCUCGACUACUUGAGAAAAUCGUCCAUCGUGUCAGGUGAGUUUGGAGGGAUCACGCAACACAUUGGUGCAUUUUCGGUACUUACACCAAAAUCACGCAAAAAGAUUACCUUUUUGGACACACCAGGACAUGCCGCAUUUUUGAAAAUGAGAGAGAGGGGGGCAAUUAUUACUGAUAUUGUGAUUCUUGUAGUUGCAGCCGAUGAUUCAGUGAUGCCACAAACUAUUGAAGCUAUCAAACAUGCCAAGAAGGCUGGUGUGCCGAUGAUUGUUGCAUUGAACAAAUGUGACAAGCCAGGAGUCAACGUUGAUAAAGUGCUUGGUGACUUGGCGGCACACGAUAUCGAUAUUGAGGAUUAUGGUGGAGAAACACAAACAGUGCAAGUUUCCGGUAAAACUGGAUUAAACAUGGAUAAGUUGGAGGAAGCGAUUAUUACUUUGAGCGAGUUGAAUGAUUUCAAAGCAGAAGAAAAAGGUGUUGCCGCAGAAGGGUGGAUAAUUGAAUCCGAACUUGUAAAAGGUAUGGGAAACGUUGCAACUGUAUUGGUACGUCGCGGGUCAUUAAAGAAUGGUGAUGUGAUUGUUGCUGGUGAAACGUUUUGCAAAAUUAGAGGAAUGAAGGAUGAAAAGGGGAAAGUUGUGAAGGUAGCCGGCCCUUCUACACCUGUGCAAAUAUGGGGAUGGAAGGAACUACCAGAUAGUGGCGAUCACAUAAUACAAGCAAAACUGGAGCAGGUUGCCAAGAAAGUGAUUGACCACCGUGUCGCCAGAGCACAGCAAAUUCAAGCUUCAAGAGAUAUUGAAGAUAUCAAUGCCAAACGAGCUGAGGAGAUUAAAGAAGCUGAACGAUUAGAGAAGAUUGCCGAGUUGAAGAAGGCUGGGUUAGAUUCUAGUGAGUUGGAGAAUGAGGCACAGGAUACAAAAGUGACCAAAUGUAACUACAUAAUCAAGUCGGAUGUGUUUGGAUCUGCAGAAGCUAUCAAGGAGAGUAUUCACGAGUUGGGUAACGAGGAAGUACAAUCAUGUGUUAUUUCCCAUUCUGCCGGUGCUCCAUCGGAUAGCGAUCUUGAUAUGGCAAAAACUUUUGAUGCCACCAUCUUUUGUUUCAACAUUAAACCUCCAAAGCCAAUUUUACAAAGAGCUGAAAAGGAGAAAGUGAAAAUUGUUGAACACAAUAUCAUUUACAGAUUGAUUGAGCAAGUCACUGACGAACUUAGCUCACAUUUGAAACCAAGGAUAGAGACAAAGAUUCUUGGUGAAGUUGACAUUAAAGAUAUAUUCACCAUCACUCAAGGAAAAUCAAAGAUUAAAGUUGCGGGAUGUAAGGUGGCUUCGGGUGUUAUUAAACGAUCAUCCGACGUCAAAGUCAUGAGAGGCGAUACAGAAGUUUUCAAAGGCACAUUGUCCUCGUUGAAGCAUGUUAAAGACGAUAUAAGUGAAGCCCGUAAGGGAAAUGAAUGUGGGUUAGGAUUUCAUAACUGGACUGGGUUUGAAGCUGGAGAUAAAAUAUUGGUGUAUGAGGAGAUUGAACAUAAAAGGUAUUUGUAA